AUGCACCUCUGGACGGCCCUUUUCGGGCCCCGCCUCUACGCCAAAUACGGCGAGCCGCGCGAGGAAUCGACGCCCGAAUUCAUCGGCAACACGCUGCUGGCGGUGGGACGAUGCGCGGCGCGGGCCCUCAUCUCCACCUUCCCGCUCGUCUUCGGCUGGGCGUUGUGGCGAGGGUCGAUUACGCAAGAGAAUCUCGUCUACAUCGCCACGUGGACCGUCACCGGCGCGUGUGUCAGCUGGCUGGCCAGGGCUUUUGGCCGCCUCGCCGACCCGCAAUACACACGCUUUGCCGUCACUUUCGAGAAGGCACAACAGGGCGACCGUGACGCGCUCGUCGAGCUGAAGACGUACGACUACGAUCUGGCCACCGCCGACCUCUACGAUUUCGAGGCAAAGGAGCGACAGCUGUGGUACUACCAGCCCACACCCCACUCGGCCAACCCGCUCGUCCGCUUCAUCGCCUACAUUCUCGUGCACGCCGUCGGGCUGAGCCUCAUGUUUCCCGGCUCGUUCCAGCUGAUGGCCGUCCUCGCCCAAGAACAACUACUCGCCAGCCGCGAGAAUCUCAUCACAAAGCACUCGGCAAAACGGGCAGUGCUGAAGACACAAGCCGGAGAUCUCAUCGACACAAUCUACGUGGAUACGAGGAGGACAAGAGGGCGCAGCGAGAAGUUGGUCAUCUGCUGCGAGGGCAACGCCAGCUUCUACGAGCUGGGGAUGAUGGCCAUUCCGUUGAACAAGGGAUGCUGCGUGUUGGGGUGGAAUUACCCGGGAUUCGUCCAUUCUACGGGAACGCCACUGCCCGCCAAUGUUUUGGCUGCUGCGGAUGCGGUGAUGCAGUACGCGAUGGGGCCGUUGGGAUGGCCGGAGGAGGACAUUGUCCUUUACGCAUGGUCCAUCGGAGGAUUCGCGGCCAGCUGGCUAGCCGCCAACCAUCAGAAGAUCCGCGCCCUCCUCCUCGACGCCACUUUCGACGACGUGUUGCCGCUGGCCCUCGACAAAAUGCCGGCCGCCUGCGCUUCGAUCGUCGAGGCGGCCGUGCGUGGUCAUCUCAACCUCGACAUUGCCGCCCAUCUCAGGGAGUACAAGGGCCCAGUCCGGAUCUACCGCCGCCUCCAAGACCAAAUGAUGUGCACCGGCCUCAACCACGAGCAGCCCGACUUUCUGACGACGUGCCGCACGAAUUGGCUGCUGAAAGUGGUGCUGAACAGUCGACAUCCCGGCAAAGUGAAGGGACGCGAGCCAACAAUCGACGCGUGGCUGAUGAUGAGCGAUAUUCAGCGGAAACGCACCUCCAAUUUGGCGACCCCGGGCGAGAGUGCCGUCUACCAUCUAUGCCAACACUAUUUCGCCGACGUCCAGGGCCACCAUAUGAUGCCGUUGCCCGUCGAGAAUCUCGAGUCGCGCUCCCCCUCUCCACGCGGGCUGCGCACCCGCCGCGACACCAUCGACGAUGCCACCAUCGCCUGUGAUGAUUUGACGUACUUUGAGCGUCGGCUGAAGGAGGUGAUCACUCAUGCACAGCCCCGGGCGACACGCUGGAGACUUCUUCUGCUGAUCGCGUCGGUGCUGACGGUGCUCUCCUCCUACUACUGGCUGCGCGAUCCCGAGAUUCGGAAUGUGACGCUGGCCGAGUCGCUCUACACCCAUUUCGUGUUCACGUGCUGCGUGCCGAUGAUGCUCGUGCUGAUCGUCGUCUUCGGCAUCCAUCGGCAGAUCGUCGCACCAAGCAUAAUCGCGGCCCGGUGUCGCGAGGCGUUGGCCGCGUUCAGCCUCAGCUGCGAUGAGAACGGCAAGCUGAUCGUGCGGCCGGCGAUGCGCAACUCUCCC